GUCAUGUGGUUAAAGCUUAAGAGUUAAGAGUUGUCUAAGUCUGUUUCAAGAUCCGAGGAAUCAUUAAUUAACAUUCGUUUGUAGACAGGUGUGGAUGAUUUGGGCUCCAGUCAAUUUCCCUUGUACCUGCAGUUUUUUGAGCCUAUCUAAAACCAUGAAAUUCAGUUGGGCCAAAAGCUGAGAACAAGCCCAACUACAAAUGGAAAUCAUUUUCCUCGUAGGAAAGAGAGAGCAAGGGUUUUACACAUAAAGUAUGCAGCAGCUUAGCUUGUGAGAGCCGCAACAUACAAAACAGAGAGAACAAGUUUGAAAUGCAAUCUUUUAAGGGACAAGAAAAGUUGGGGCUUUGUUGUGUGUUUCUUGGGUGUUGUAUACUCUCCUUCUUUCUGAUUCUCAAACCUGUAACAAGGAGAAGAGAAACCUCCACUGAAGCUUGUAAUAUGGGAUCGUCUUUAAGUCUUGUCGUGAGGAAAAAGAAAGAGAAGAAGACUUUGGUGAUCUUACCAGAGAUCACUGAAGAAAUGUUGAUCGAUAUCCUAAUCAGAUUGCCGGCGAAAUCUCUGAUGAGAUUUAAGUGUGUCUCAAAGAUCUGGCUUUCCCUUAUCACCUCUCGAUACUUCGCCAACCGUUUCCUAAUUAAACCUUCACCAUCACGUUGUUUUUUCGCGUAUCUUGUGGAUUGUGAAAAUCAGAGAAAGUGUUUGUUGCUCAAAUCAUCAUCAUCGAGUCAUGAUCACUCGGACAUAUCUGUCUCUGUGAUUGACCAACAUUCGACCAUGCCGGUAAUGGGAGGCUACUUCGUGAACUCUGUUCGUGGUUUGUUGUGUUACAGAACUAGGAGAAGAGUGAAAGUUUGUAACCCUAGCACAAGGCAGGUUGUGGAAUUUCCCCUAAUGAGAUCUACCAAUGUGUGGCAUUGUUUUGAACACGAUCCUGUUCAUGAUAAAUAUAAAGUGCUUAGCUUAGUUUGGGAGGUCAACAAGGAAGAGAGAGUAGUGAGAUCAGAACAUCAAGUGUUGGUACUUGGUGAUGGAGCUACAUGGAGAAACACUCAAAGCCACAACGACACUCCUCAUGGUCCUUUUUACCCACACUCGCAAGGGAUGACUAUUAACGGUGUUUUGUAUUAUAUAGCUUGGACUGAUGAAGAUAGAGGUGUGCUUGUGAGUUUUGACUUGAGUUCUGAAGAGUUCAAUUUGAUUGAAUUAUUGCCCUAUGAGAACUUGUCAUGCACCAGUCUGAUUAACUACCAAGGAAAAGUUGCUACUUGUGAAGAUACGCUUCUUUCAAGUGAUGGCAUUGUGGAUGUUUGUGUUCUUGAAGAUGCCGACAAGAGUCAGUGGUCGAACAAGAAGACUUUUGUUUUGCCUGUUUCUCAGAUGAAUUUCGUCCAUGGAGACCGGUUGGUGAUUGGUGGCACUAGAGACAGUGGUAAGGUUUUGUUGACAAAGGAAAAUCUCAAGCCGAAUGCACCCGCACUCUUUUUCAUUUAUGAUUUGGAGAGGAAUGAAAUUACACGAAGAAUUGAAAUAAGACCAUCAUUACGUGAUAGCUUUAAGGAGACCAAUAAGUUUCUCAUAGUUUUUUGGGAACACAUUGAUAGCAUCAUGUAUUUGAAAACCUAAAACAUUGAUAGACUCUUUUUUUUUU